GCUGCCUGCGCCUCGUGUCCGACGCCCUGCGGCAGGGCACGCCAGCGGACGUCAGAGGCGCGAGCGGCCAGACCCCGCUGAUGUGGGCAGUCUGUGGCGGCCACGUCGACGUCGCAGAGGCGCUCGUCGACGCCGGGGCGGACCUGCAGGCACGAGGCUCGGCGGAGGAGCCCCUCGCGGCGAUAGCGGUGCAGCACCGGCGGCUGGAGCUGCUGCCCUUCCUCGUGGCUUGCGGCGGGGAGGGCUCGCUGGACAGCCGCAACCGGAGCGGCUGCUCCGCCGCGCACUGGGCGGCCCACGCGGGGGACGCGGAGGCGCUGAGGCUGCUGGCGACGCUGCGCGCGGACCUGCAGGCUCGCGACCUGUCUGGGCGCUCCCCGGUGCACUGCGCCGUCAUCGGCGAAGGGGGCCCGCAAGCGCUCAGCCUCCUCGUCGACCGGCACGCGGACCUGGCGUCGUGCGACUCCGAGGGCCUCGAUUGCUUCGCCCUCGCCAGGUGGGCUGCGGAGGCUUUGGGCUGCCCCAGCUGGGCGUGGCGCGGCAAUAGAGCAGUGGAUUUCUUGAGCAAGCAAGCCGCCAGUCAGGUGCCGCAUCCGGAGCAUCUACAGAGGCUGGAGGCCAAGAGGGCUGAGCAGCCCUCCGCCCUGGCCAUGUACACUGCCAGAUUGCUCGGGCAUUGCUCCAGGAAUAGUGUCCCAGAUGUUGAUUUUGUCAGGGCUAGGGCCAAACCCAGGCCUUCGGGUCUUGUCAUAGUGCCGAGCCUGAACGGUCUCGAGGACAUGCACAGCCCUGGCCCCAACCCCGUGCAGUGA